CAGGGGUGUGUGGGGGUUUGGGUUUCUCGGGCGGGUAUUGGCGGUCCGGGUUUUACUGUCAGGCGACAUGUGGGUUGGGUUGGUGAACCUCGGAGCUUUGGUGGUUGUGCUCGGAGUGGCGGCGGGGUGGGUUGUUAGGGUUCUGUUCGUAGUUCUUGUUUUUAAGUUUCUUCCUGUUUUUUCUAUUAGUGGUGUGUGUAGUGUUUGGGUAUCCUGUUUCAGUCUUUGUGUGCUAUUUGGGUUUGUUAUUUUUUCUUUUUGUGUGGUGUGUUGGUGUGCUAUGAGGUGUGCAGAUCGGUGUACCGAUCUUCUGGUGCAGGAUUUGAGCCGGGUUUGUUGGCUAUGGGGCUUUGGUUUGAUCUUCUGUUGGUUUGGGCUAAAGGGUUAUGCUUCCAUGCCGAUAUCCGUGUUUAAAUCGGAGAUUGUCUUGUUAAUGGUGAAGUGUACGACACCAAUUUUGAUUUCAGGUCGAGGAGUACAGGAUUCUGAGCCAAUGAAGGUUCUCGUCAGAAACUACAACAUAUUGUCCGACCCCCUUGCAAGAGGCGGCAUAGGACGGCGUUAUAUGAGCCAAGGGUAUUUCAGAAAGUCAUUUUGCGCGUGCAAUUGUAGUUUCCUUUAUUUCGAACUUGUAAUUGGUUCUUUUGUCUUUGUAUUGUUCGAUUACGAUUUCUUAUGUAAGUGCCGUAUGACUUAUUAUUAAUGAACUUUAAUCUCCCCCCUUCAAAAAAAAAAAAAAAAAGGACAUAAAGAGAGAUGGUAAAUUUGGAAAUAAUGGGAUUCUAAUCCGUAUCAGAAGCAUAAGGAGCACGUGACAUGACCCCAAGUCUACCCAUAAAAAUAUCGAAUCAGUUCGUCUUCCUCAAAAACAGAUUUCUGAAAAUUUAUUAAAGGCGGGCGAAGCCGAACCUUUGCACCACUUUCUCUCUCCUCCUCUGCUACUCAACUCCCUUCACUCUCAGAUUAGUUUAAGUAAUUACUGCUUUCGCUAAAGCUCUGAAAUAUAGCUACAUUCUGAGAACAAGGGUUGGUCCACAAAGCAUGGUUGGGGAGGACGUCCUACGACGCUGUACCUCAAGUGAAUCAGAUGAUAUGAAAAGUUUGGAUUCUAUUUCCAUCAUCAAAAAUAAUGCUGAUGGAUCUCCGACAACUGUCAAUAAUGUUGAAAACGGCGUCUUUAGCAUUGACGAUUUAGGACUGGCAAAGGAAGAAAUUCAGGGCACUCAAACCAUGGCUGAAGGCUUCAACAAAGAUCGAACUUUGCAGCCACCAAUAAAGAGGUCUGAAGUGGUUGAAACAUUGUCAGUUGGUCAGUUUUCAAAGGUGAAUGUUAUUCAACCCAGCAAUAAUGGUGGAAUUGGUUCCUUAGUUGGUCAGAAUGAGGAACUUGGAACUGACAAAAUCAAUGGUUCUAAAACACCUGAAGAUGAAUGCAAUAACAAAGAGUCCUCAGUUCGUGUAGUUUAUAGUUCCUUACCAAGCCACAGCAAAAGAAAGCUUGAGGAAUUCUUACAUCAGUGGUCUGAGUGGCACACUCAACAUUUAAUGUCAGCUGAGGAUCCAGCUUACUGUGUAGAGUCUGGUGAGGAAACUUACUUUCCUGCAUUACGUGUUGGUUCGGAGAAGCCUUUGGCAUUGUCAUUUACGAUGGAUGGCCAGGUCCAGAAAAGGCAACGGAAAGAGUCAUUAUCUGUGAAUAAUGAUUGCUCGCCAUUGUAUGAUCGAGGAUAUGCUGUUGGUUUGGCAUCUGAUGGGGGGAAUGUUGAAGAUAGCAUCGUAGAUAUGCGUGAAGCUCCUCGCUGCUUCAAUUGUGGUUCAUAUAAUCAUCCUCUCACUGAGUGUAAAAAGCCUCGUGAUAAUGCUGCUGUAAACAGUGCCCGCAAGCAAUUUUUAAGCAAAAAGAACCAGAAUGGUCGUCCCCGUGUCCAAACUCGGUAUUACCAGGAAUCUGCUGGUGGCAAGUUUGAGGGGCUUAAACCAGGUGCUCUUUCAGCUGAAACAAAGAAGUUGCUGGGUUUAGGGGAGCUUGAUCCACCUCCAUGGCUUAAUAGGAUGCGUGAAAUUGGAUAUCCGCCAGGGUACAUAGAUGAAGAUGAAGAGGACCAGCCUUCAGGAAUUUCAAUCUUUGGUGAUGAAGAAACGCAGAAUCUUGAUGGGAAAAAUGACCUUCAAUUAGAUGUUGGAAAAUCCCAAAAGAAAUUUAUUGUAGAUUUUCCUGGUAUUAAUGCCGUUAUACCAGAGAAUGCAGAUCAAAUGAAGUGGGCAGCACCUGUAAUUCCAGCACCUGAGCAUGCCUGGAACCAAUCAAACAACAGAUGGAAUCGUGCUCGAGAUUCUCUGAAUAAUGGGGUUUUCCGUGGUGGGUAUGGGCAGGCAGGGCUGCGGAAUCACAUAGAGCCCCCAUAUUCUCACUUUGGUCUCGGAUUAAGUCCACCACUACCUCAUAAUCCACAUCAUUAUUUUCCUAGAGAACCAUUCAGCCCGAGAGGUCUCUCAGUUCCUGGAGGCCCACGUUAUGAGAGUCCAGGUGAUGCACCGAGGCCUUUUCUGCAUUAUAACUACGGUAGUAUCUGACCUCAUUCUCACAUAUCCUGCUUAGUUAUGGUAGCUUAGUUAGAUGGAAGAAGGAAUCAAGUGGUCUGCAAAAGUGAUUUAAUUCAUCUUAGAUAGAUGUAGUCAUCAUUGUCAUCACUGAGACCGACAGAACAGAUCCAUCAAUUAUCAAGUGAUGCAAUUUUUCUGAGUAAGUUCCGAUCCAUCGUCAAUUCUACCCAAAGUAGGAUAUCCCAUUUUACCUGUUGUGUAUGAUAUGAAAUUAUGAAUGUAGUUAAACCUUUGUUGGUUCAUUCAUGUUAUGUCAUCAAAUAUUUUAACUAAUUUUACGGUACAACUUGGUUUGGUAUGGUCAUGUAUGCUCAACGGUAAGUGGGUUCACCCAGAAGUGCUUAGAAGUAACUGCUCUUAUGGUGGUUGGUUCUUUUGAUCUACAGUUUGGUCAUCUGUGAACUUGUUCUGGCCCCAUAAUUUUGUGUAUCUUACGCAUGACCGCUGUUUUCUUAGUUUCUCAUUUUCAAUUUUUUAAAAAUUUUGUACUUGUUUUUAGUGUUAGUUUAUUGUAUUAUAUGGUCAUCAAACUAUUCACAAUUAUAAUAUUAUUAUUAUGACCAUUAAAAUCAACGAAAAUUGACCGUUGUUACGUAUGUGUAUCUAGCACAUGUGGGGUGCAUUUGAUGGUCGUCACCGCCAUAUGAUCACCUUGGAUCCUUCAUUCGUAAUUUAUUAUAUAUAUUUCAUGUUUUAUUAAGAGCUUACUUUAUUCAA